UAAUCUUUCGUUUCUUCCAAGCGCAUUUGAUAUUUUGCCGAGAACAAAACAACGAAGCACGUAGCUGAAGUGGAACCACCAGAUCUCUCUCUCAGAUGGAGUUUCCCGUUUCCGUCAUUUGUACCCUCCUCUUCUUCUCUUUCCUCUCCCCUCAAAUUAGGGGCGAGGCUUCUGGUUCCGUCUUCUUCAUCGAUAGCUCCACUCAUCAAUUCCUUCGCGCUAGAUCAUCCAAUCACGAGAAUCCUUCAAUUUCGCUUCAAGAAGUUGGGGCUGCUGUGCCAAUCUUGCUCGGUUUUGCACCUCCUUCCACUCUUUCAGCCUCCAGCUCAUCCAAGUUGAAUGAGGUUUUGGUUCCUAAUCCAUUCAAUAGGCCCCGUGCUGUGUUUCUGCUUGAAGUGAAUGGAAUCAAAGGUCUUGAAAGCAUUGCCCAGGAUAAUGCAAUGUUCAGCAAGUCAUCGUGGGAUGCAAAUUUUAUUGGUUCAGAUAAAGUUGACAUUCAACUUCCAGGUGAAAAUGACAUUUCUGUGUUUUCGUUGGAUGAGCAAUUGGAAGUUGUCACGGACAAAGAAAUUGACGAUUUUUCAUCUUUGAUAGGUGGAUCAUAUGCCCCUGAUGCCCUAGAGCCAGUCAAUGGAGUGCUUACCAUUCCUUUGGCAAAUAGUGCCUUAGUGAAUCUCCAUAUGUCUAAGAAAGAAGAAAGAAAGUUUGUGAUAGGUCUUUUGUCUCUCGCUCAAAAUGUCAAAAGAGCAAUUCAGAUGCAUCAUGAAAUAUCGCAGAGUACACCAAUUCCAGCUGAGUUGUUAACAGGAAGCUUCAAUGGCAUUAAGGUUUUGCAAGAGCAAGGUGAAGCUGAAAGUAUUGCUCAGCAUGGAGAUGAGUUGCUACUUGUGACUUUGACCAAGAUAUUUGGCUCAUUGCAAGAAGCAUACAAAGGUCAAAUUGUUGGAAUUAUCUAUUGUCAAACUGCCACUCCUCAAGAGUCUGGCAAGACAUUUAAUGCGAUCUUUACUCCUUCUGACUACCAUAAGGCACGAUGGUUGGAAGAAGAAAAUGCACUGAAUACAACUUUUGCAGAAGUGGCACUGGUUAGGAUAACCCUUGCCUGGAUAACAGGAAUUCUUUUGCUUGUUUCAACUCUUAUGGGGACAUGUUACCUCUUGUAUAUGCCAAUCACAAGGGACACACUUCUCUAUUCUAAUGUCAAGCUUGAUUAAGCAUGGAAGCAAACAAACGGCACAAAUCUUUUUGCCAAACCAGGGAGGACCGGGCUUCUGUUGAACCUUUUGAUUGAUUUUUUUCUCUCUAAAUGCCUCUAGUUUGUGUGCAUUAUUAUAUUAUUUGUUGUUAAUGGAUCGGUGUAGUCAGUUUCUUAUAUUUAUGUAUCAGAAACUUGUUCAAUUAGGAUUUAGGUCAUCAAAAUGAGGGGUUAUUAUAUAUAUGUGAAGGAUGGAUGUUGUGCCUCUUAUUCAGGACUUGGAUAGUUGUGAUUGUGCCGGCCAUUUCCAAUAAAGUGUACAACAUUUUGAUUGGCAUAUUCAAUAAUACUAUUGUAAAAUAAUAAAAUUUGAGAAACGGUCAUUCUCGGGUCUUCCUAUUUCUAAA